GAACAUAAACCCUCGGCGGCUAACCGGGAAGUUUUAUAGCCCUCGCCUCCCAGUUGCGCCACCGGACAUGGAGGCUACUGACAUGGAUAUUGAAGUAACUCAAGAACAAAUCCUCGAUUCCUGCAGCUCAUCGAAGCGAUUUGCACUCAAGAACUCCAUUCAAACCAACUUCGGCGAUGAUUACGUUUUCCAAGUCGUCCCAAAGGAAGACUGGACAUCGAUGGCGGUGUCUCUGUCGUCCAAUACCGUGAAAUUGUAUUCACCGGCGACGGGUCAGUACGUCGGAGAAUGCUGCAGAGGAGAGCAUUCAGAUAGUAUUAAUCACAUCUUAUUUUCCGGGAAUAUAUUGCACACUUGCUCGUCUGAUGGCACUCUUAGGGCUUGGGAUACUCGCUCUUACCAACAGGUGUCUUGUCUAAAUGCUGGCCCUUCUCAAGAAAUAUUUAGCUUUUCAUUUGGUGGAUCAAGUGAUAAUCUUCUUGCUGCAGGUUGUAAAUCUCAGAUACUUUUCUGGGACCGGAGAAGCAAGAAACAGGUUGCCUGCUUGGAGGAGUCUCAUAUGGAUGAUGUGACACAGGUUCACUUCAUACCAGAUCAGCAAAAUAAGCUUUUAUCUGCCUCUAUUGAUGGAUUAAUUUGCACUUUCGAUACCAGUGGAGAAAUCAAUGAUGACGAUCAUCUGGAAUCAGUGAUUAAUGUGGAGACGUCGAUCGGCAAGGUGGGGCUUUUUGGAGGGUCAUAUGAUAAGCUAUGGUGUUUGACUCAUAUCGAAACAUUAAGUAUUUGGGAUUUGACAGAAUCAAGACUUGAAGCUAAUUUUGAGGAUGCACGCCCCUUGGCAUCUAAUAGCUGGGCUCUAGAUCAGGUUGAUUAUCUUGUCGACUGUCACUACUCGGCCGCCGAUGAUCGUUUAUGGGUCAUCGGCGGCACGAAUGGUGGCAAUUUGGGCUACUUCCCUGUAGCUUAUGGAGGAGGGAGGAGAUCAAUUCUAUCACCAGAAGCCGUUCUUCACGAUGGUCAUACCGGAGUUGUUAGGAGCGUGUGUAUGAGAAGCGGGAUGAACCAAACCCAGGGGAUUUUCGGGUGGACGGGUGGCGAAGAUGGACGCUUGUGUUGCUGGUUGUCUGACGACUCGUGUGACGUAAAUCAUUCGUGGAUAUCAACUUCGUUGGUCGAGAAACACCCAAAAAAUCGAAGGAGAAAAAGGCAUCAACCUUACUAGAGUGAAAUUGUGGAGAUUUUGGUGUGUUGUAAUACUAUCUAUAAUUCUUCCUUUCCUUUUAAAAUUUUUUAAAUUCUUUUUCCUUUUCUUAGAAGUGCAAGCUGUAUGAUUCGUCGUGUAACUAAAAUUAUUAAAUCAAUCCAUUUUCAGUGCAAAC